AGUCUUGUGCUGAGUUUUCUGGUGCACGUUUGGAGGAUUUGUUUGUUUGUUUCCUUAAAAUAAUAUGUUAGACUUUAUCUUUAAUUCUAGUGAGACGGGUUAGUCGCUAACUAUUUUAAAAGCUCUUUAAAACACAAUGGCGGCGGAUGAUACACCCUGCUCAGAGUUUAUAAACUGGGAGGUUGACUCUUCAAUUUGUAAUGGAUUCAAACAGGAGAAGCAACUUUCUGCCCCACAAAGGAGAUACUACAGCUUCUGCAAGAGAAAGUCAUUUGCUGCCUUUGUGGCAUCCAAGAAGGACGGUAGUCAUGAGGAAGGAAGCCCUUUGUGGUGCUGCUGCGGCCAGACGUUCAUCGAGCACGCUGCCAUUCACAAACACGUGGCCAGAGUGCACAAUGCUGAAAUACAGCAGCACGCACAGGAUGAGUAUGAGCGUUUGUUGAGCCAACUGGAAGAAGAGCCCGAAGCAGCGCAGGUGCAGGUGAAUGAGCACAGUGGAGAAGCAGUGAACGUCUCUGUGUGGAUUCCCGAUAUCAGCCACGUCUCUGAGGAGCAACUUAAAAACGGUCCAGGCAGGGUUCUGCUUUACUAUCACUACUGUCGCGUCGAGGAGCCACAUGUCAUCUGUGCUUGGCAGAAAGCUCUGUGUGAGAAGCUCCACUUAACGGGCAAGGUGAGGGUGGCGACUGAAGGCAUCAACGGAACAGUUGGUGGCACCAACUUGGCCACUGACAUUUACAUAGAAGCAAUGCGUUCACAUCCACUGUUUGAGAUGGAUGAGGAGGAUUUUAAGACCAGUGACGGUGGCGCAGAGUGUUUUACAGAGUUGAAGGUUGGGGUCUACAAGGAGAUUGUCCCAAUGGGAGUGGACCCAGAUCUUAUAUCUUACCAGCUGGCAGGAGUUCAUCUGGAGCCCGACGAGUUUCAUAAAGAAGUGGAGGCUCUUCUGACUAAAGGAGAUUCAUGCAAUGACACCGUCCUCCUGGACUGCCGCAACUAUUAUGAGAGUAAAAUUGGGCAGUUCACUCAGUGCCUGGCGCCAAAUAUCCGUAAGUUCAGCUACUUCCCAGACUACGUGGACCAGAACCUCGAGCUGUUCAGAGACAAGAAGGUUCUGAUGUACUGCACAGGAGGGAUCCGCUGUGAGCGUGGCUCCGCCUACCUCCGCUCCAAAGAUGUGUGUAAGGAGGUUUACCAGCUGAAAGGUGGAAUUCAUAAGUACCUGGAGCAUUUCCCCGAGGGGUUCUAUCGUGGAAAGCUUUUUGUGUUUGAUGAACGCUACGCCAUCUCCUCAAACAGCGACAUCAUCUCAGAUUGCAGGUACUGCGGACAUCCGUGGGACCAGUACAAGCUCUGCUCCACCCAGUACUGCUGCCAGCUGGUUCUGUCCUGUCCAAGCUGCAGACAGGACGGCCACACCGCUUGCUGCCCCACGUGCCAGACCAAAGGUCAGGCUCAGUCCGAGGAGACCUCACAUCACAAAGAGGAGUGCGAGUGCACUGACGGACGCCCCAGAAUCCCUCAGGAUGUGUAAAAUGAUCAGACUUCAGUGCUUAAAAAUAACAUAAACAUAGUGUAAAAUGUGUGUGACAGAUUUUCAAAAUAGGAAUUUUUAUACUUAUGUAUGUGGGGAAUUAAGUCAGAUACAUUUUAACUAAUGAAAAUCUAUUGAUGAAAUUGAAGAAAAUAUCUGCUGAAUGUGUUUUUAUCAUGUGAAUAUUGUGAACAUUUUGUCACUAAUGAAAGCUCAACUUCAACUUAUUGUAUGUAUAAAUGUUUCUG